AACAAAUUCGAGGAUCUGGAUAUAUAUCCCUUCAUUGCCGCAAACCCGGUGCCAAGAGACGCUACUCAUACUUGCUGUUUGCUGCUACUCGUCUCUCAUUUCUUUCGAUUCCGAUUAGGAUUUCCUAUUCUCUAAUCUGAAACCCUAGCAAAGGCAGACAUGGCUCGCAACGAAGAGAAGGCUCAAUCGAUGCUAAAUCGAUUCAUAGCCCUAAAAGAACAGGAAAAGAAGAAACCCAAAGAGCGCCGCCCCUACCUCGCCUCUGAGUGCCGCGACCUCGCCGAGGCCGAUAAAUGGCGCCAGCAGAUUAUGCGAGAGAUCGGUCGCAAAGUCGCCGAAAUCCAGAACGAAGGCCUUGGCGAGCACCGUCUCCGUGACUUAAACGAUGAGAUUAACAAGCUAAUUCGAGAAAAAUCUCAUUGGGAACGCCGCAUCGUGGAGCUCGGCGGCCCUAACUACGCCAAACACGCCCCUAAAAUGACGGAUUUAGAAGGUAACAUAGUUGACGUCCCUAACCCUAGCGGGCGUGGCCCUGGGUACCGGUACUUUGGUGCGGCGAAGAAGUUACCGGGAGUUCGUGAGCUAUUCGAGAAGCCACCGGAAUUGAGGAAAAGAAGGACUAGAUAUGAUAUUUAUAAAAGAAUUGAUGCCAGUUAUUAUGGCUAUAGGGAUGAUGAGGAUGGGGUUUUGGAGAAAGUAGAGGUGCCCGCGGAAGAGAGGCUGAGGGCGGCUGCCGAGGAGGAGUGGAUGAGGAUGGACGAAAUAAGGAGGGAAGCCAGGAAAGGUGCAAAGGAGGUGGUGAGUGUUGGGGCUGUGGCAACAGAGGUGUUGUUUGAGGAGGAGGAAGAUGUGGUGGACGAGGAGAGGAAGAGGGAGCGGGAGAAGGAAGAAAGGGAGAGGAAAGAAAAGGAGAGGGAGUUUGUGGUGCAUGUGCCAUUGCCAGAUGAGAAGGAAAUUGAGAGGAUGGUGUUGGAGAAGAAGAAGAUGGAGUUGUUGAGUAAGUAUGCCAGUAAUACGUUGCUGGAGGAGCAGAGUGAGGCCAAGGCCAUGCUUAACAUUCAGAGCUAGAUAAUGAUAUGGAGAAGCUACGAUAUGGAUAAGAAAAUGCAUGUUGAUGGUGCCACCAAAUUUGGGGCUUGUGAUGUAACCCCGUUAAUCUGCUAGAUUCCCUAGCUGUCUUUAUGUUCCAAGAAAGUAGAUGUUUUAGAGUACAGACUCAGCCUUCCCGGUGGUUCUUAAGUAGGUUGGAUGUGCAGGAAAGAGAUUGUUCAAAGUUGAAAUUGAAGAUGGUGUGAGGAGUGGAAAUUGAAGAAUCAUAUCAUACUGAUUGAUAAAUCCUAUUAUCUGAAAUCAAGUUAUUGAUCUUAUUGUUAUUGAAGCUCUUUGAAAUUAAUUGAUCUUCUUUGUGCACUCUUCUUCUUCUUCUUUUCUUCUUUCUUUGUGUGGGCGAUUGUAUAAUGGAUUGGGAAUUUUCGUUUUUGUCUCAGCAAGCUUUUUGCAGUGCUUAAAAUCAAUAAAUUUAGGAUUACUUAUAGUUUUAAUGAA